AUGUUUUCUCAGAUGACCCAUACACACUAUGUUCACGCAGAAAUGUUUCGUUGCACGUUUGGUCGUAAACGUAAAUCAGAAUUUCUGAAUGUGAAUAAAAAACCGUCUAAAUUUUUAAAUUGCCAAUCGAUGUUUCGCGUAAGAUUGGAGGGUCAACAAUACGUUAUAAAAUCUUACAACAUGUCUCACAACCAUCCGUGUACUAUUUCGUGGAUGGUUUGUGAUCCGUUGGGUAGACGAUUGUCAUCAGAAGAAAAAGAAAACUUGAAACCAGUUAUAUUGCACUGUCAGUCGACGGACGAAGUUAUCGAAAGUAUUAAGGAAAGAACAGGUAAGCAGGUGACCGCUGCUGAUGUGAAAAAUAUGAAAGCUGAACUCUCCACUGGUAAGUGUAUAUAAAUAUAUUUCAGGUUGGACUUGGAAGCAGGUAUUGCAGAUGAUGCGACAAAACGGUGAAGUUAGAGAGCAUGCAGAAAAUGGAUGUAUUACGGCGAUAUGCUUCAGCAGUUAUGAUCAGAUACGGCUGUACAAUCAAUAUCCCGAAGUCGUGUGUAUUGAUUCUACUUAUAAAACUAAUAAUAAAAAAUAUUCAUUAUUCCAGUUAGUGGUGACAGACAAUUGGGGUCGAGGUCGAACUGUUAUGUUUGCAUGGACACAAAAAGAAAAGCGUGCCGAUGUUACGUGGAUUUUGGAUAAAUUCAAGGAG